CGAGCUUUCACUAACUAUAUAUUUACAUACAUACAUUGGUACACAAGCCGGCACAAAAGAAAAACAAUAUAUAGAUAACAAAAAUCUGAGAAUUAAUGGAUAAUUACAAAGCAAUGAUAAGAGCUUUGCUGCUCUUCCUCUCGUUCGCAUAUGCAAUGGCGCCAUGCAAAUCUUCUAAUAUUAGUUGCCCAGAUGCCGAGAGAGAAGCACUUCUGAGGUUUGUCGGAGGUUUCAAUCGAACUGCAGCUGGCUUCUCUUCUUGGGAAGGAAAAAAUUGCUGCAAAUGGGAAGGCGUGGAGUGCGACGGCCGAACUGGACAUGUCGUUCAUUUAGAUCUUCAAGGGAGGGCGUUUGCCAGUAGCAAAUUCGAUCCUUCUUUGCUCCGUCUUAAGCAGCUGAGCUACUUGGAUCUCAGCAGCAAUGACUUUGGGUACAUCCCGAUUCCGUCGUGGAUCGGUUCUUUCAAAGAGUUAAACUAUCUUAACCUGUCUCGAUCGAAUUUUUCCGGGACGGUACCCGAACGGCUCGGAAAUCUAUCGAGACUCCAAACCCUCGAUCUUUCUCGUAAUUUCCUUACAUUGAGUAACGCUAAUUGGCUUUCUCAACUCACCUCUAUAAUUCAUAUUGAUAUGAGCUAUCUUUUGAUUUACGAUGCAUCAAAUUGGCUACAAGCAUUGAACAUGCUUCCAUUAGUGCAAGAAAUUCAUGCGUUUGCCAGCUGCUUCUUCGGUAAGUUUCCACAAUCCCUCCCGCAUGUCAAUUUUACGUCUCUUUCCCUUUUGGAUCUUUCUUUCACACUACGGUUGGAUAUUUCUAAUAACAGCGAAGUAACUUCUAGCUUACCCGACUGGUUGUUUGGAAUUACUUCCCUUCAAUAUCUAUAUCUCACUUCGAGUGGAUUUACUGGGCUCAUUCCAUCUGCAAUUGGAAAUAUGACUUCCCUAAAGGUGCUCGAACUAGGCGAUGUUCACCUCAAUGCUGGGAUACCUUCUAGUUUGAGCAAUCUCUGCAACCUUCGCACGCUAGAUUUAUCAUUUUCCACAAUUAAUUCCCAGUUAGAUGCACUCGAAGAGUCUUUUUCUGGAUGUCUCAAAAAUAGUUUGCAAGACUUAUACUUAGCUUGCACUUCUAUAAGUGGCAACAUACCGGAUUGGAUAGGUGACCUGAACAAUCUAAAUAUUCUUGAUCUUUCACUUAACUCACUUUCCGGUCCAAUCCCCACUUCUCUUUGUAAAUUAUCCACUUUACAGGUGUUAGAUUUUACUGACAAUGGGCUAAAUGGCAAUUUUCUAGAAUGUCUCGUAAACCUUGGUGAUGUAACAGCUUUGAAACUUGGUGCCAACUCCCUUACUGGAGUUAUUUCAGAAUAUCAUUUUUCUAAUCUUACAAAGUUAGAGAUUAUCGACCUGCAUUCCAACUCCUUGGUUUUAAAUCUGAGCUACAAUUGGGUUUCUCCUUUCCAACUCAGUCAUUUGGACAUCUAUGGCUGUAAAUUAGGGCCCAAAUUCCCCUCAUGGCUUCAGAUGCAGAAGCCUCUAACCUACCUCGAUCUAUCUUCUACGGGCAUUUCAGAUUCAGUGCCAAAUUGGUUUUGGAACUCAAUGACCAAUCUUUCAACUGUUUAUCUCGCUAAUAAUGAGGUAUAUGGUGUGAUACCCAACUCAAUAAAAUUCAGUGAUGAUACAGAUUUAUUUAUUGAUUUAAGUUCCAACUACUUUGAGGGACCAGUGCCCUAUUUUCCAUCAAACACGGCACAACUGGAUUUGUCAAACAAUUCAUUUAUGGGCCCUAUUCCUGAUGAAUUUUUCCAGCUAAUGCCUAAUUUAAAUGUGCUUUCGUUGUCAAUGAAUAAAAUAAAUGGCAGGAUCCCCGUGUCUAUUUGUAAUUCACAAUUGAUUACCAGAUCAAUCGCAAACAGUAAUUUAUCAGGAGUGCUCCCAAACUGUCAAAAUAAUACCCAAUUGCUAGUUUUGGAUCUUUCAAAUAAUAAUCUUUCCGGUGGAAUACCCAAAUGGCUUUGUGAAUCCCCUUGGCUUCGAUACUUGCACCAAAGGAAAAGCAGUUUAUCUGGAGAGCUUCCCUCAUCCUUAAAGACCUGCAAGCAUGUAGAUAUUCUUGAUCUUGGUGGUAACAUGUUUACAGGAGGUUUACCAAUCUGGCUUGGAGAGCUCUCGUCUCUCAAGAUUCUUAGCUUGAAAUCGAACAAAUUUGUCGGCCAAAUUCCAACAGAACUCUCUAAUCUUACUGCUCUCCGAAUCUUAGACCUCUCAAACAAUAAUCUUUCAGGGCCGAUACCAAUAAGCUUCGGCAACUUCAUGUCCAUGAGGACCCCUCUUACAAACAGUGGAUUCAUCCUAAACUUCACAUUUGGUAAUUAUGAUGAGAAUAUGAUAUUGGACAUUAAAGGAAGAGAAGAUCAAUAUGGUAGCGAUCUUCUUUCUCAAAUUUCGAUCUUGGAUCUCUCUAGGAAUAGCUUGUCAGGACGCAUACCCGAUGAACUAACAAAUCUUCUUGGAUUGAUGGUAUUCGACUUGUCGAGUAAUGAUCUAACAGGACAAAUGCCUUUCAAGAUCGGCGAUCUAACGCAACUAUUAUAUCUUGACUUGUCGAGAAACAAGUUAUCAGGAGCACUUCCUUCUAGCUUGUCCAACUUAAGCUUCUUGGAAAUCUGGAACAUAUCGUACAACAACUUCUCAGGAAGAAUUCCGACCGGAAAGCAAAUGGACACAUUCGUGGACCCUAAAAUAUAUGUUGGAAACCAAUAUCUUUGCGGAUUCCAAAUAAAUGUGAGUUGCACAGGCAAUGAAGGCGAAGCCACAGGCCCGACAAUUGGCCAGUCAAGUCAAACUCCAACUAAUGUUUCAGAAAAUGCAGAUGAAAAUCGAAAAGAGAUCUUACUCCUUUGCCUUAUUACAAUAGGAGGAUUUACAGUUGGGUUUUGGGCUAUUACUGGAGUUCUAUUGGUAGAUAAAAGAUUUAGGAUUUGGUGGUUCCGAUAUGUAGACGGCUUGUAUGACAGUCUCUAUGUAACCUCUAGAGUAUGGCUUGCUAGACUUAAGAAAAAUAUGUCAAAAAUAAAUACAAUUGAUGGCUGAAA